CUUUAGGAGGCCACCGCACGUAAUGGCGAUGGCUACGCGCGCCUUUGUAGGGCUAAUCGUCCAUUCCCUUGGGAACCCGGACCAACUGGACGUUCACGAGAAUGCGGUAUUAGUCGUCAAGGAUGGAAAGAUCGCCUGCCUCGAGCCGGAAGAGCGGCUCCCUGAGCUGAUCGAGCAAUAUCAAAUUUCCGAGGCAAACAUCGUGAAAAUGACCAAAGGCCAGUUUGUGAUGCCGGGCCUGGUUGACACGCAUGUCCACGCUCCUCAGUACCCAAAUGUGGGUCUUGGCUACGACAAAACGCUGCUUGAGUGGCUGGAUACGUACACGUUCCCCCUUGAGGCGAGCUACUCGGAUGCGGCGUUCGCUGAAAAAGUAUACCAGGCGGUCGUGAGGAGGACCCUGAAAGCGGGAACAACGACCGCCUGCUACUUCGCCACCAUCCACAAGGACAGCACUUUGGUCCUGGCGAGGCAGUGCGCUGCGCAGGGGCAGCGGGCGCUUGUCGGAAAAGUUAAUAUGAACGCCAACAGCCCGGAUAAUUACAUCGAAACAACUGAGGCGUCCGUCAGAGACACGGAGGGCUUCAUCCAGGAGAUCAGGGCUCUGGGCGUCGCCAGGGUGCAGCCUGUCAUCACGCCGCGCUUUGCCAUCAGCUGCGACGCCAACCUCAUGCUGCAACUCGGUGAGAUUGCACAAAAACUCGAUGUGCACAUUCAGACCCAUAUUUCCGAGAACAAGGGAGAGAUUGAAUUUGUCAAAGAACUGUUUCCCGACUGCAAAAAUUACGCCGAGGUGUAUGAAAAAGCAAAGCUGCUCACCAAAAAGACUGUUCUGGCACACGGAGUGUAUCUCUUGGACGAAGAGCUCCAGCUGCUGUCCAAAAUUGGCACUUCCGUGUCCCACUGUCCCAAUUCAAACACGAGCCUUCAGAGCGGAAUGUGCGACGUGAAGAGACUCUUGAAAUAUAACGUGAAAGUUGGUCUCGGCACAGACAUGUCUGGUGGCUACGGACACUCGAUCAUGGACGCUAUGCGUCAGGCACUGUCCGUGUCAACAUGCAUCUCCUUUAACAAGGAAAACUACAAGCCCCUCGACUUCCAGCAAGUAAUUCACCUUGCAACCCUGGGAGGAGCUGAAGCAUUGGCUCUGGACGAGAUAACCGGGAACUUUGCCGUUGGAAAGGAAUUUGACGCCCUUUUGGUGGACAUGAACGCGGGCCCUUCUGACCUCAUUAAAGACUACUCAGCCUUGGAACUGCUGCAAAAAUUUGUCUACCUGGCAGAUGACAGGAAUGUUAAACAGGUGUACGUAGCUGGGACUCUAGCUCAAUUGUAACUCUUGAGGUGAUUUGAUUGUCUUGUAAACAAAUAAAAAAAAUAUAUUUUCUGAA